UCCGUGAGAGAAAAAAAAGAGAAGCGGAGCUCUCGGUGUGACAGCUCAGAGCUGUCCACGUCAACACACCGAGAGAGAGAGAGAGAGAGAGAGAGAGAGACCGGCGGCCGCGAUGGACUCCACGUCUCCGGAACCUUCACUCUACACAGUGAAAGCUGUUUUUAUCCUGGACAAUGACGGGAACAGACUUCUGUCAAAGUACUACGACCGAGAGCUCUACCCGUCCAUGAAGGAGCAGAAGAACUUUGAGAGGAACGUUUUCAACAAGACGCACAAAGCAGACAAUGAGAUAGCAUUCGUGGAGGGGAUGACCAUCGUCUACAAGAGCAGCAUCGAUCUCUUCUUCUACGUGGUGGGAAGUUCUCAGGAGAACGAGUUGAUGCUGAUGUCCGUCCUGAACUGCAUCUUCGAGUCGCUCAGUCAGAUCCUCAAGAAAAACGUGGAGCGGAGGUGUUUACUGGACAACAUGGAGGGAGUGUUUCUGGUUGUGGAUGAAAUCAUUGACGGAGGGGUGAUUCUGGAGAGCGACCCCCAGCAGGUCCUACAGAAGGUCAACUACAGAGCGGAUGAAAACCCGUUAUCUGAACAGAGCGUGGCUCAGCACAUAACAGAGAAACUGGCUCUGACCACUAACGUUCUGCAGUCGGCUAAGGAGCAGAUCAAAUGGUCCAUCCUGAAAUGACCCGGAACACGAACAUGUUUUUUUUUAUAGAAAGAGUCAUCACGGGCGGGUUUGUAGAGCUUAUAACGAGGCGGUAACAGGGUUGAAUCUGUGUGAGGUGGCGUUUGUAAUUUAUUUAGUUUGAGAGCGUCGUUACUCCCCGAGUGAAGAAAGAGACACGCUUAGUGCAGAGGGUUAGGGGUUAGAGAGCCGAACGAAAGGAGUCUGAUUAGUGAUCGAUGUUUUAGGUGGAGCAGGAUCUUCUCCUCGCAUUAUCUCAAAGCAGAAAAAAAACAUGCGCUUCAUUUGUUGUUUUUCAAUUAAUCUCAAUUAAUCCAAAUUUCACAUUUAAAAAUAAAACUUGUGAGGCUUUUAUUUUGAAGGUUUGUACUGUGUUAGACCCCGUGUCCUCCUAGCUUAUUUUUUUUCAAUUGUUUUCAACGAGUGGAGAGCGUUCGCAGCAGAAAGCGCCCGCCUGGAGAAAUUUUUUCAGAGUGCUCCGCGUUUUUGUGCAGCCGCUCUGAGCGCUCAAGUUGAAAAUCGUUUUCGUUACUGGUGCUCUUUUCCUAAUUUAUGAUUUUCCCCGUAGUUUUGACGCCUUGUAAUCACAUCCUCCUCGCUCCAUGUCAAAAAGAUCUCAUAUAUCAAACAUGUAGUAAAAAGUAACGGAGCGGUGUCAGCCAUACAGGAAGUGGUCAGGGAUCCCAAAGUGAGGUCAAACAGCUCAAAGGAACGGUAACAAAGGUCAGUGUGAUGUCAUGAGGUCAAUGUGUGAUGUUAUAAGGUGGAUAUUACUUUGG